GCCGGUCCACGGGGUGGUGCCGCUGGUGCCGCUGGCGCCGCUGGCCCGGGACCCUGGCGACCACAAACACACUACUGCACCGCGGUGGUGGCCGACGCGCGCGUGGUCUGCGCUGGACUGGACGGGUCACCCGAGGGUCACCGCCGGUGAUCGCAGCGGGUCGCGGAGGUCGCGGUCCAGGCCACGCCGGGGGGGUCGGCGCCUUGCCCCCCGCAUCGAGUGAUGAAAAAAUAGAAUGUGACGGGAGUCAGAGACCAGGACAGGGUCCCUGGUGACGUCGUCGUGCGGCCGACUGGACCAUCGCGACUGACCGCAGGAUCCGCGGAGACAUGCCCGGCCAGUGAGCGCCUGGGCCAGGCCAGCCGACAGCAGCAAGUGUGUGACGGACUCCUCCGACCGGCCGGCCAGGACAGCGCGUGACCACGGCGGCCCAGGAGAGCGCGACCGCGCCCGCGGCCGGCGACGGCGGGGGCUCGUCCCUGCUCGGGCGCCUGCACCGCCAGGCCGCGUCCUACCUGAGCAGCGGCGCCAGCCCCGCGGCCGGCGCGCCAGACACCGCGGCCGUGCCGCCGUCGCCGAGCCGCGUGUCCAACCUGCGCGGCUACCUGGUGGAUCGCUGGACCCACCUGCCCGACACAGGAUGGCGCCAGACUAUUAUGGGGAUCCCCAAGAAGAUCAUAACGGCCGUCAGCAUCAGCACAGACUCCAGCCAGGACGCGUCGCUCAUUCCAGACGAUGCGCCUCUGCCAAAAAUGCCGCUGCCGGCGCUCCAGGUGACGGUGGACCGCUACCUGGACGCCGUGCGCCCGCUCGUGCCGCCCGCCACCUUCGAGAGGACCCGCAACAUCGCCAAGGCCUUCACCGCGCCCACCGGCCCGGGUCCGCGCCUGCAAGCGGCACUCGAGCAGCGCAGGGAGAAGACCGUCAACUGGGCGUACGAGUGGUGGCUGACCGACAUGUACCUCAACAACCCGCUGCCGCUGCCCAUCAACUCCAACCCCGGCAUGGUCUUCCCCCCUGCCCUGGCGCGCACCGCCGAGGAGCGUGCUCGCUUUACCGCGCGCAUGGUGCUCAGCGCCGUCCGCUACCAGACCGACAUCCUCGACAAGAGGGCACUGCCCGUGGAGCGCGCCACCUCCAGGGAGAAGGGUCAGCCGCUCUGCAUGUCGCAGUACUACCGCCUGAUGACCACGGUGCGCAACCCGGGCAAGCCCCGGGACCAGCAGGUCACCAUCGACACUUCCAGCGACCACAUCGUGGUAGCGCGCCACAGCCAGUUCUACGUGGUGCAGGUGCGCGCUGAAGGCGGCGGACCUCCUAUCGGCGAGGACGCCCUGACGGGGCGCCUGGCCUCCAUCCUGGCCGAGCCGGCGCCGGCCCCGGGCGGCCCGGCGGGCGCGGCGCCCAUCGGCCUGCUCACCUCCCAGCGUCGCGACAAGUGGGCCGAGGCUCGCGAGCACCUCAUCGCAGACCCGGUGAACCGCACGUCGUGCGAGGCCAUCGAGCGCGCGCUGCUGGUGCUGUGCCUGGACGCGCCCAUCACCACGGCCUUCAACAACGCGCGCGCCCUGCCCGCCCGCGGCCACGCCGUGCAGGGCCGCGACGAGACCAACAUGGCGCACCACAUGAUACACGGUGGUGGCUCCAAGGCCAACUCGGGCAACCGCUGGUUCGACAAGACCAUUCAGCUUGUCAUCUCCUCAGACGGCGUGUGCGGCCUGUGUUACGAGCACUCGCCCUCCGAGGGGGUGGCCGUCAUCCAGCUCAUGGAGCAGAUGCUCAAGGAUGCCACGACGCCGGCCUCCGUGACCCUCCCUGCGACCCCGGGUUCCCCGCCGCCAGCCACGGCCCCAGUGAACGCGCCGCCGCGCCUGCUGGGCUGGAACGUGGACAGCACCACCCGCCGCCACCUGGACGAAGCCGCCAAAGCCAUAGACAGCAUGAUAGAUGACCUGGACUUCUACGUGUAUCGCUUCAACGAUUACGGCAAGGAGUUCAUCAAGUCGUGCAAGUGCAGUCCAGACGCGUACAUUCAGCUCGCGCUUCAGCUCACCUAUAUCAGGCUGUUCGGCAAGCCGACGGCAACGUACGAGAGCGCCUCGCUGCGGCGCUUCCAGAACGGGCGCGUGGACUGCAUUCGGGCCGCCACCUGCGAGGCUUGGGAGUGGGCGGCCGCCAUGCUGCAGCAGAAGCAGGGCGCCUCGCCCGUCGCGCCGCCACCCUCCAGCCUGGCGCCGGGCGCGGACAGCGACGAGAAGAAAGUCACCUUCGUGCUCUUCGAUGACAACCGAAAACGAGAACUGUUCAAGGUGGCCGUGAAGAAACAGACUGACAUCAUGGUGCAGAACAUCCUCGGCGAGGGUAUCGACGUGCACCUCCUAGGUCUACGGGAGAUGGCCAAGGAGCUGGGCGAGCCUGUACCGGACCUGUUCACAGACGAAACGUACAGGGUAGCCAACCACUUCGCACUCUCCACUAGUCAGGUGCCCACCGUCACGGACAGCUUCAUGGGUUACGGGCCCGUGGUGCCCGACGGAUACGGGGCCUCGUAUAACCCAAAGCCAGACAGCAUCGUCUUCUGCUUAUCUGCCUUCCACUCCGCUGAGACCACGUCGACGGCGGCGUUCGCGCGCGCCUUGGAGCGGUCUCUGCUGGACAUGCGAGACCUCCUGCAGACGCCACCCCAGCCCAGCCCGAGCCCCACGCCCAGCCAGGGCGACCACGUUGAUCUCAAGUGAAUAUCAGUAGAAGCGGACCACUGCCCAGCGCCCCAAAUCAAAGGGUCGCACACUGAACGAUCGUCCUGUAAUAACUACAAUGUUAUGUUUAUUUCCCAUGAACUGCCUUGACUGUUUGAAGGCCCCUCCUGACUGCUUACCCUGCCAUAGUCAUAAGUACAAAAUCCAGGCGAUCCCUAUAUGUAUUUUGUCUAACAGAGUAAGAAGAAUAGCGGGUAGAACAUAAAGGUUUCUGAUUGGUCCAGCCCUCACCCCCACUACCGCCGUGACAUAGGCGGGAAGCUCUCGACCAUUCAGCUCUCACGUUUAUGUACUACCCGUCACACUUCUUCCUCCGUUAGCCACAAUGCACUUUACAUAGAGCCAAUUACCUGUGGAUCAUUGAGAUCUUUUGAAAAAAAAAACAACUAACACGUCCAUCUAACAUUUCAAAGGCAAGCACGCAGUUCUUAAGUUUCUCUACUGUUGGUGCAGAUACAGCAACAGAUUGAGAAAGGCCUAACGAAUUGGUUCAAGCAGUUACCUGUAAAAUAAGAACAAUGCAGCUAGUAGACGAUUAAAACUGAACUAGAACCGCUACCAGUGUGAGUUUUAGUCCAGGAAGUGAGCUUUUCAAGUUCAUAAGUGUAGCGUUGCAAGCAUGUAGUCUUACUUAUGGACCCAAAUUACUGGGGAUGUCAUCAAAAGAACUAAAUUAUUGCUUGUGAGUUUAAUGCUUAAACAAUAGUUUGUUACAUGCUGACUUAUCAUUGUUUGUAUUACUAAGCUACAUUUUGCAUCAGAGCAAAUGAAUGAGUAUUAUCUACAUUAUAUAGAAUAAACAGCUUUGCUGGAUCAAGCUUAUAGGGGACCCAAGGCUACUUGGGUAAUUGAUAUUGUUGUUUUGAAUAGCAAGUUUAGUUUUAUAGAUGGUAAUCAUGAGUCAGAUGUGUUGAACACUUCUAUUCUGAGAAAAAAAUUAUAAUUAUUGCUUAUUCACCAGGCAAAUAUUUGCAUUAUUUGCAUUCAUUGAUUCAUGGUGAGUCCCUCCUGUUUGUUGGCUGUAUGAAGAGUUUAAACAACUUAAUUUUGCAUCUAAAGAGAAUUAUUGUAAGAUUAAACAAGAUUUCUUGCUGAGCAAGCCCGUAAUUUUUAUAAUUUGAGAGUCCUGAUAAAUAUGCAAUUACUAUGUGGCUAAACUUGACUGCACACAUUUUAAGUUGAACUGUGCUGCAGGCAAGCAUGUGUAUCCCUCUAUCUUGGCUGCACUGUCUUCCGUGAUAAGCUUGUCUGAGCCAGUACAACUUUGAUAGGAGUGCAAGUACACAGUUAAAACCACACUUUAAGUAACAUAAUUAAUCUAUUCUUUCUAAAGAGAUAUACAUUGUUGAUUUUUAUUUUCUGAUUCACAUUUUAUAGCUGCUGGUCAGUACAGGUGCUUAUUAAAUUUUAAAUUUCAAAACCACAAAGCAAAUUAAUAUUGCCAAGGUGCCUCAUAUUUUCAGCAAUUGUUCAACUUAUUAAACAUGCUCAAAGACAGCCCCACCGCAGUAUCGCAGGUCAAGUGCUGCGAUGGAUUUGAUGUACUGACUCUUAAUAAUUAAUUGACAGAUUAAUUUAGUAAUGUCUUCAAGUACAAUACUGAUACUGACAAAAUUGUAUGAAUGUUCUCCGAUUGCAAAACAUUAGCAUGCAACCAUGAGAAAGGAGGCCCUUUCCUACGUCGUCAGUGACCUCCACUACAUCACUACAACUUGUCAACACAGAAAGUAGCAAAGGUAGCAACUCAACAAAUUUGAAAAUACCUAGUUAUGUUUGUUGGUUACUUAGAAAUGCGAUAAUGAGUAAGAAUACAGUAUAGAAUUGGUGCAGGUAUACUAGACUUACGGUAGUUAUGAACUGAAUGUGGAAGCAACUAUCAUAUCCAGAAAUAAAGUAUAAUGAAGUCAGUUA